GUUAGGUUUAUUGCAUGUAGCACGAAUAGUCUGUCAAUCAGAGGCGGCGCGUGCAUUAUAGUGCAUAGCGUAGAGGGGAAACGUGCACGCGUGAACGACUGCUGUUUAUAGCGUGCUUCUAAACUUAACCAAACACUAGCUUGCAGUGUUUAGAGACUCAUAUUAAACUCGGUGUUGUCGUGAGCUUUAGGGUCUGAUCGGCGGGAAUGGCUUCUUCUCCGUGCGGCAGCGGCGGCGGUGGGAACUUUGAUUGCGGGCUUGAGAUCCAAACUCGCUCGGUGGAACAAACACUCAUCCCGCUCGUGUCUCAGAUUACAACACUGAUCAAUCACAAGGACAAGCUCAAAAAGACGGAGAAGACCUUACGAGCCAUCCAGAGAGUGGGGCAGGCGGUCAGUGUGGCAGUUAGCCGCUUUGUGGCCGUGGGUGAAGCCAUCGCUGCAGAGAACGAAGACCUCAAGGAUGAGAUGGGACUGGCUUGCUUUGAGGCCAGGAGAGCAGGCACUGCCAUAGCUCAGCUGACGAAUGUGUCUGGUCCUGAGCAAUGUGAUGGUGACGGCCGCAACACCGUGUUCAGCGACAGGACCGGUAUGGUGAAGGCCGCACGCAUGCUGCUCUCUUCUGUUACCAAAGUCCUGGUGCUGGCAGAUUGCAUCGUCAUCAAACAGAUCAUAAGCUCACGCAACAAAGUGCUGGUUACCCUGGAGCAGCUGGAGCGAGUCAGCACUUUUCAGGAAUUUGUCCAAAUCUUCAGCCAGUUCGGAAACGAGAUGGUGGAAUUCGCCCAUCUCACAGGAGACAGACAGAAUGAUCUGAAGGAUGAGAAGAAAAGAUCACGAAUGGCCGCAGCACGUGCCGUUCUGGAGAAAUGCACCAUGAUGCUCCUCACGGCCUCUAAGACUUGUCUGAGACACCCAGACUGCGAUUCGGCACGGAUGAACAAAGAGGCAGUCUUCCAGCGUAUGCGUCUGGCCCUGGAGCAAGUCAUCGAGAUCGUGACUGACGCGAGGAGCAGUGGGGAGGCCAAAAUACCUCCUGUCAGCAUCAACGCCGGGAUAAAAGACUUUAAGGUUAAAGUAGAAGGUCUCCGGGACUCUCUGUUCUGCGUGUCGUGUGAGGCUCUGCUGGCUCAGCUGGAGGCUCUGGUGGACAAGACCGAAGACUUUACAGAUUCUGCCUACACCAGUCAUGAGCAGAGAGAGACGAUCAUUCAGCUCUGCCAGGCCACACGACGUGAGACCAGACAGCUCAUCAACACAUGGAGACAGGCGCAGCAAUCGCUUAAAGCCAGUGAGGCCACGGAAGAGAUGGAGCUCUCUAUUUUGAAGACUUGUCAGAGCGUCAGUGAUCUCAGACGAGAGCUUCAUAAGGUGGCAGUGAGAAGAGCCUCUGACUUGCUGAAGCUUCAUUCAGAUCAUCUGGUGCUACAGGCUCUGAAGGCCUCAGGCGGGGAUGGAAACCUGGAGGCCGUGGCUGAUUAUGCCGGCACACUGACCGAACACAAAGAACAACUGCUAGAGACGUGUCGUUUACUCUGCCACAUUUCGGGGAGUGAGCCGUUGGAGAUCACCUGCAUUCACGCCGAGGAAACUUUUCGUGUCAUUGGCCCACAGAUCAUCUCAGCGGCACAGACUUUGGCUCUGCAUCCCACCAGCAAGAUAGCCAAAGAGAAUCUGGACGUGUUUUGCGAGGCUUGGGAGUCCCAGCUGUGCGACAUGGCCAUUCUACUUAAGGAGAUCAAUGAUGUGUUUGAGGGGCGAAGAGGUGAUAAAAAAACAUAUCUGUCACUACCGAGACCAGGGAAACACUCUGCAAACCUGAAAACCAUCAAGGCUGCUAAACUGGAUGCUGAGGAGCAAACCACCAUCGCUAAACUAGGGCUAGAACUGUGUCUGCAUACCUCUGAUCUGGACUCCGAAGUGGAACGCUGGGACGAACAGGACCACGAAAUAGUUCGGCUGUGCCAAAUCAUAUCCAGCAUGGCGUAUUCGAUGUAUCUCUUCACCAGAGGGGAAGGUCUGCUCAAAACAACACUGGAUCUAUUCCACCAAGCUGAGGUGUUAUCAGAUCAGGGUCUCAAGCUUUGCUCCAUCCUGCGCUCCUUCUCCAAACAGCUGUUGGAUGAAGACAAAAUGCUCAUUAUAUCUGAGACAGAGAAGCUGGCAGCCUCAUGUCAACAACUGCAGAUCUGUGCCAAGACCCCAGUCCAGGGGAAGAGCGCCAUCUUUCAGAAGGUUGACUCAUGCAUACAGAACACCAAAGGCAUCCUGACAGUGGUGGUCUUCUUACUACCCACCUGUAAAAAGAUCCUCAGGAAGUUUAAAUCAGAUGGCAGUGGUCUGGGUUCCCCGCAGCACUGGAGGGACAAACAGCUGAACACACCCGUCAGCGAGGAGACUCUGAACGGCAAAGGCUCCAACGGCUUCGGGCUGAAAUCCCUGGAGCAGCACAUGGCCAAUCUUACGUUCCUGGAGAGCAAAUAGCUGUUCCAAAGAGCAUAAACCAAAGGCUGUCCUGCCCAUCACGCGCACGUCGAUGCGCUCGCUCACAACGUGCCAUGCUUCGUGCUCCUGCCCUGUUUGCUUUGUGGUGUACCAUAGCAUUAGCAUUAUCAGCCUCAUUCCAGAGACCAAAACAUAUUGAAGAUAAACCCUCUAUUGCAUGUGUUUAAGUCAUUAUGCAACUGUUUCAAGUGUAAUGGCUGGUAAACAAGCUACGGUUUAACACCCCAAAAUAUUAGACCUUAAUAGUACACGAGAACGUAUUUUAAUGCAUAACACUGUAUUUAACAUAACUGCCUCAUGCAAAAGUUGAUGCCAAAUAUAUCCAGUUUUUAUCAUCUUCCUACACUGGACUUGCCAUAAGGCAUCUGUUCAAAGCUGGAAGGCCCAUUUCAGUGACUUUGGAUAUAUAGUGUCACACUGUUCCGUGUUCUGCUUUAAAGGUGAGGAACAUUAGUUUCAGGGGCAUAUCUGAAGGAUGUAAUGAUCAAAGAAUCAUUUCCUGUUCGUGUAUUUUUUGUAGGAGUGACAGCUUUGUAAUAUGGUCUGCCUUGUAGGUCACUGUGAUUUGUAUUUUUACUUCAAAUCUAACAAUGUAUACAGAGCUGUGGUACAUUAACCUAAAAGUUUUGAAUGGCGGUAUAUGAAUCAGUUGGUUUGACUGUAAGGAGGGGAAACUUUUUGUUAUGGUAGAUUACAAGACUUCUGAAUUGAGACUCCAUUCACUCACACCAAUUCUAAGUGAUACUUUGCUAAAAUGAUUCUCUGGUUUACACUACAGUUGAUCAGCCAUAAGCUUUAGAUAUGAUUGUGCAGCUAUGAGUUCUAUUAGUAGUGGACCAUCGAUGACCAUUGAAUGAUUGUUAAAUCACAAAAAAUCUAAAUAUACGUUAUUUUUCUUAAAAUAUGAAUGACUGUGUGAUUUAUUAAUACAUUUACACAAACAAGGGAAAUUUGGGGUG